GCAGUCCGGUAUUUGGAUACAAUAAAAUACAGAGGUAUAAAAAUAAAGGCAAAGGUAAAAACACAGAAUAGGACAAGGACACUUAGAAAACACAAGAAACAUAGGUGGAUAAGGUGCAGUGGUAGGGUGAUGGUAGUGUUGUAAAUAAACAGUAUAUAGUAGUAGUAUAGUAUGUAAUAUAAUAGUAGUAUAGCAUAUAAUAUGAUAUUGCGGUUGUUGCUCGGAGAAGCAGUAGAGACAGUAGAGAGGCCAACAGAGGUGUUGAGGUUGGAGUUGAACCUAUUGAAAAACAAGUUCAGCUCGUUAGCACGUUGUUCAUCCCCCUCCGCUGCUCCCCCACCUCUCCUCUGGAUGCCAGUGAUCUCUCUCAUCCCUCUCCAGAUGUCCCUGGUGUUGUUUUCUUCCAGUUUGUGCUCCAGUUUCCUCCUGUAGUUGUCCUUGUUCUCCCUGAUGCUGCGUUUGAGCUCCCUUUGUACUCUUUUGAGUUCUGCUCGGUCCUGUGAUCUAAAGGCCCUCUUCUUCUUGUUGAGAAGGGCCUUCAGGUCGCUGGUUACCCAUGGUUUGUUGUUUGGGUAGCAGUGGACCUAUUUAGUGGGGAUGGUGUUGUCAAUGCAGAACCCAAUGUACUCAGAGACACAGUCAGUCAUGCCAUCAAUGUCCUCACCAUGUGGCUCAUAAAGAACAUCCCAGUCUGUGGCCUCCAGCGCUCCACGCAGUGUAUCCAUGGCCUCAGGAGACAAUUUCCUCACUGUCCUCACUGCUACUGAGUGCCACUUAACCACAGGCUUAUAUGAUGGCAAGAGCUGUACGCAUCCUUAACAUUUGCGUACAGCAGAUCCAAAGUCUUAUUGUCACUGGUGGCACAGUUGACAAACUGGAAGAAGGUUGGGACUGUGGAUUAUAGAGAGACACAUGGUUAAAGUCACCUGUGAUGAUUAUGAAGGCCCCAGGCUGUGAGUUUGUAGUCCCGCAGUCACAGUGUGGAUGACGUCACACGCUGCUUCUGCGUUUCCAGAUGGAGGGAUGUAAACAGUGAUGGCGAUGACACUGGUAAACUCCCUCGACAAAUAAUAUGGACGAAGUCCGACAGCGAUGAGCUAGAUGUCCGGGCAACAGACCCGCUCUUUAACAGAGACGUGCCCGGGGUGACACCACCUGUUGUUUACGAGCACGGCAAGGCCCCCUCCUGUCUUCUUGCCGGUCGUGGUGGUGUCUCUGUCGGCUCGAACGGGAGCCGGGGAUGGCGACGUUGGAGUCCGGUAUCUGCUCAUGCAGCCACAUUUCCGUGAAGCACAUUAUACUGGACUGUCUGUACUCCCUCUGUGUCCUGACGAGCGCUUCCAGUUCGUCCACUUUAUUCGCCAGCGACCUCACGUUUCCAGUGAUAACUGCAGGGACGAAGGGCUUAAACUUUCUCUUCUCCAUUCUUCGUUUCACCCCCGCACUGCAGCCUCGCCGUCUCCUCUUUAGCUCCUCCGGAAUGGUGGGUCUCUCUCCGGCCAACAUCGUGGUGCUGCUGGUAUGCUGCUCUCAGGCUUCUCAUUUUUAUGGCACAGUGAUGACCUACUACCCAAAUGAUACUAGCUCAGAUGGAUCUGUCACGGUGAUAAUUCGUUACAAGAUAACCUUACACUCUUGUGAUUCAAUAUCAUUGACCUGUCUCAGUGGGAAUUGUGGGAAUGAGAGUGUGGUGGUGGUGAAGACCGUCAACAUGGAAAACAGUGAACCGUGGUGUCAGAUGGAGGGAAUCUCAACUCGACAGCUCUCCAGUAAUGCUCCAUUUCAGCUGGGGUUAAAUGGUGGCAACUGGAUAAAUAAUAUCAAAAAUGGCAUCCAAUCAUGGAGAGCUGUGACUGUGGUGGAACUGAGAAACAGGUCAGACACCAGACAAGCGAACAGAUCCCCUCAGACAACCAUCCUGCCACUCUUGAGAGUUCCCUCAAACUGUCCAAGAGAUUUCAACCUGUUGGCAUUUGACUCUGAUGGGGAUGUAGUUAGAUGCAGAUAUGGAAACACAACACUGUCAGAGUGUAACCCCUGCACACCACCGUCUGUCCUCACCCUGCUAUCAUCUUGUACUCUGUCAUUCAAGAACACCAGUAGCAGUAACGAAGGUGUGUAUGCGGUGCAGCUGGUGAUGGAGGACUAUCCCAGACAGACGAUCAACCUGGCUGAAACCAAGGGGACAUUAACGACAUUAACUACCAACGACAUCAUCAGCCAAAUACCUGUCCAAUUUGUUUUGAGAGUGGAUCCUGCUGUGUCAUCCUGUGAAGAAGGAAUCUUUCUGCCUAGGUUUUUGCCUCCAACUCCAGCCAACAGAGCUCAGCUCUACGCAACUGUUAAUCAGUGGCUGAACAUCAGCAUCAGUGCAGAGGCAAAUAACUCCACGAUCACAGAGCUGCUGUUCAGUGGGCCAUACAACGUAAUCCAGAAUACAUCAGGAACAGGGCAAUUCACCCUGAGAUGGAUGCCAUCUGAGAACGAAGCAGGAAGAAGCUUCCCCAUCUGUUUUGUCAUUCAGGCAGUUUCCAAUCUCACAAAGUAUCACUCUGGGCUUCGGUGCAUCAUUGUGACUGUUGGAAACUCACCUGUCUCUAAGAUAAUUGUAGUUCUGAAAGUAAAGAUCUCCUCUUCAGUGCCACUGACUGAGAAUAACUUCAGUGAUAUUGGUGCACAGCUUAAAGCUCGCCUGGAGAGACUAGGACUGCCAUCAAACAUCACCAUAGCGCCGCUGAGGAGUGCCACAGUGAAGCAGUGACUCCUGGUGGUUAAUCCUGAAAAUACAAGAGAUGCCCCUUUGAGAAAUGUACAAGUAACUACGUCAAAUCUCCAGUUAAAUUAUUCUUCAUAUGCCAUCCAUGUUCACGAUUACUGGAAAACGUAGUGUCAUAUUUCUUGUGUUGGUUGUGCCUAAAAAAUUACCAAUUUCCAUCGUGCAGUUGCAGAGUCUUUAAAACUUUGUCAUGUCUUUAAAUGAAGAGAUUUGCACAUUCCUGUCUAAUGUAUCCCUAAUACAAAUUCUGCUUGGUUUUGUGUAUCAUUAUUGUUAUUAUGGUUGAAAUUGCCCCUUGGGGAUAAAUAAAGACUGUGAUUGUGAAGGCUC